AUGCGAGAGCAGAAGCUGUAUGCUAAGUUGAGAAAAUGCAGUUUCUGGCAAAAGGAGAUGGUAUUUCUGGGUAACAUUGUCUCGGCGGAGGGAUUCUCUUUGGAUCCAGAGAAGAUUCAGGACAUUACGGAUUGGCUUAGAAAACAUAAUGCCAAAGAGAUCAUGAGUUUUUUUGGUUUGGCCGGUAACUACAUGAGGUUUGUGACAAGGUUCACGAGUAAGGUAUGCCCGAUGACUAAGUUGACAGGGAAAGAUGUUCCGUUUGUUUGGCCACGGGAGUGUGAGGAUGGUUUCGCAAGCCUGAAGGAGAUGCUGACUACGACAGCGAUGUUGACAUUGCCAGAGCAGACUGAACCUAUUAUGGUGUAUAUAGAAGCAACCAGAGUUGGAUUGAGGUGUGUGUUGAUGCAUCAUGGGAAGGUUAUUGCCUAUGCUUUGUGGCAGUUGCAGAAGCAUGAGGACAAAUAUCCUACUCAUGACUUCGAGAUGGAUGUUGUGGUUUUCACUAUGAAGAUUUGGAGGCAGAGGCAAGGGAUGGAGCUGGUGGCAGAGUAUGAUAUGGAGAUCAUAGCUUACUAUCCUCAGACAGAUUGGCAGUCGGAGAGGACGAUCCAGAAUUUGAAGGAUUUGUUGAGGAUGUGCUUGCUAGAUUGGGGUGGCCAUUGGGCGGAGCACAUUAGCUUGGUAGAGUUUGCUUAG